AUGUUCACCUUCUAUCAUGUCUACUGCCCCUUUUCAAUUAUUACUGAUAACAUUAUUCUAGGAACAUAUCCUAGUAAAGAUAAUGUUCCUAUACUCAUUAAAAAUAACGUUAAAUUUAUUCUUACACUUGAUACUGUACCUCUGGACCAGUCUAUAUUUUCUGACUUUACUCUAAAGUACUUCAACGUCAUGGACGAAGAGUUCCAGGAUAUGCUUGGUAUUUUUGACGAGGCUUUUGAUUUUAUUGAUAAAUCUAGCUCGAUGGGUGCUAUCUAUGUUCAUUGGUUUGUGUGCGCUUAUUUUACAAUUAGUACUGCUGGCGUCUCUCGAAGUGCUACUAUAGUCAUUGGAUACUUAAUGAUGAAGCGUUCCUUAUCAUUUAAAGAUGCUUUUGAAUUCGUUGUUUCUAAAAGAUAUUGCGUUAAUCCAAACAUUGGAUUUGUGCAUCAGCUUAAAAUGUUUGAAACAAUGAAAUGGAAAGUGGAUAAAGAUUCAAAUAUCUACAGGCAAUAUGCCAUCAGAAACGUUGCCCUUGGUGUAGUUAAGCAAAGUAAUUUAGAUUAA